CCGGCAGCGCCGGCAGCACCGGGGGCUGUGCGGGCGCCAGGGCUGGCAGCAGCAGCAUGAGUGCGGCCACCGGGGCUCAGGGCGCGACAACCACGUAAAGGAACCCACCGGAGCAUCCAUCCUCCCCACCUCCCCCCGCAUCCCCGGGCACAAACUUCCCUCUCCCGCACGCUCUCCGGGAGAGGGGAGGGGGGUGCUUGGCAGCGACAGCCGCAUGCAUGACACUCCGAAAAGGAGAAAAAAUGACCAUAAGCAUCCAGGAGCACAUGGCCAUUGACGUCUGCCCCGGCCCCAUCAAACCCAUCAAGCAGAUCUCCGAUUACUUCCCCCGCUUCCCCCGCGGGCUCCCCGCCGCCGGCGGCCGCAGCAGCGGCAGCGCCCCGCGCCCCACGCCCCGCCAGCCCACGGGUGACCCCGCCGAGCAUCCCCGCCACGAGGAGGAGGAGGAUGUGGACCAGCUCUUCGGAGCCCACGGAACGACGCCCGCAGAGCAGCCGGCCAAGAGCCAAGCGCCCGAGGAGGUGGUGGACCCCGAGGGUUACGAGUCCGACGAUUGCACCGCGCUGGGGACGCUGGAUUUCAGUUUGCUCUACGAUCAGGAGAACAACGCUCUCCACUGCACCAUCAACAAAGCCAAGGGCCUGAAGCCAAUGGACCACAAUGGUUUGGCUGAUCCUUAUGUCAAGUUGCACUUGCUCCCCGGAGCCAGUAAGGCAAACAAGCUGAGAACCAAAACGCUGCGCAACACCCUGAACCCCACGUGGAACGAGACCCUCACCUACUACGGCAUCACCGACGAGGACAUGAUCCGCAAGACGCUGCGGAUCUCGGUGUGCGACGAGGACAAGUUCCGCCACAACGAGUUCAUCGGCGAGACGCGCAUCCCGCUGAAGAAACUGAAACCCAACCAGACCAAAAACUUCAACAUCUGCCUGGAGAAGCAGCUGCCGAUAGAUAAAACAGAGGACAAGUCGCUGGAGGAGCGUGGCAGGAUCCUCAUCUCCCUCAAGUACAGCUCGCAGAAGCAGGGCCUGCAGGUGGGCAUCCUGCGCUGUGCCCACCUGGCUGCCAUGGAUGCCAACGGCUACUCCGACCCCUACGUCAAAAUUUACUUGAAACCAGAUGAGGACAAGAAAUCCAAGCACAAGACGGCGGUGAAGAAGAAAACGCUGAACCCCGAGUUCAAUGAGGAGUUUUUCUAUGAGAUAAAGCACGGUGACCUGGCAAAGAAGACCCUGGAAGUCACUGUGUGGGACUAUGACAUCGGGAAAUCCAACGAUUUCAUAGGCGGAGUCGUGUUAGGAAUUAAUGCCAAAGGGGAGCGGCUGAAGCACUGGUUCGACUGCCUGAAGAACAAGGACAAGAAAAUCGAGCGCUGGCACACGCUGACCAACGAGCUGCCGGGCGCCGUCCUCAGCGACUGAGCCCUUGGGUUCCUCCAGCUUUGGGUCCGGGGGAUCCCGGGCCAGCCAGGGGAGCAGGACACCCCAGAGCAGGGCCUGGCUGCAGGGAAGCCCUUCCCAGGGAAGAAGGUGCAGGUGGUUUGCUCUGGUGGCUCCCAAGGCUUUUCCAGAACGCCUCUCUGCGCCCUGCCGCGCUCACGGCCCCGCUCUCGAGUGUGCACGGGCACACUCACACUCACACUCACGCAGGUGUGCACCCCUGCAUGCACUGCAGCCUGGCUCCUCUCCCAAAUCCUGCCUCUACUCAGUUACCUUCUCGCUGCCUUGCAAGUCAGUGGCAAAAAAAAAAAAAAAUAUGAAUGCGUCCGUCCGCGUCCGUGUGUCCGGCAUCGGCAAAAGGCGUCCCUAAAAACUCACAAAACCCAGAACUGUCUCCUCGAGGCAGCUUGUGCCAUAUUUCUGGUGGUUUGUCAGUCUCUGUGGUUUGGGCCUAAACAGUCUUUUUUGCAUUUAAAGCUCCUCUGUUGGAAUGAUUGAUCGUGUCCCAGGUAAAUCCAGAAAGAGUGUUUGCUUUCCUUCCAGGAAUGUCGUGCUCGUCCUCUCCAGUAACUCACCUGCAGGCAGCAGAGCUGUGCAGGCCACGCUUUUCCUCCUGGGAUCAGGCAGCUCCAAUUUUGGGAGGCAAAAUAAAAAAGCUCCCUGGAACAGCCUGGCUGUUCCUGCUUCCCAGGAAGCAGCAUCUCUCCUAAUCAAACCACGCCAUGCAGCAGCACGGCUGUUUUUCCAGCCAAGCCAGCUUUCAGGCUGAAUUUUUCUAUCAUUUUUCCCUUUUUCGUCCCUUUCCAAUUCAUCCAUUAAAUAAUGAAGAUGCUGAGCUGGAAUUGUGUUUGUAGUUCGGCAUGGCCGUGAGGUUGAUUCAUUUUCUGCCUCAAACAGCAUCCAAACCAAAUAAAUGUCUGUGUAUGGCACAGUAAUAUCAAUAUGGCACUGUAAUAAUGUAUUAAUGUUAUAAUAAUCCCAGAUAUCAUCCUCUGUGAUCCACCUUGGCUGGUCUCUUCAUCCUCAUCCCACUAGACACCCAGUGGGAUAAACUAAAACUUUCUAGGAAAUGCUGCACCAUUCCCAAAAUGUUUGGAAGCCUUUAAACAAUGAUUUCUUAGGAAGAGCUGCUCUUUCCCCUCAAGUCUCAGUUACCCUCAGUUCCCAAGCCCUGUGCAUGUAUUGCCAACUUCUUUUUUCUCUCUUGGGAAGCAGUGGAAUCUCUGGAAACCUACAUUUACUUUUCCAAGUGAUGAUCCUCUUACACCUUCUUACACCUUUGAUAUUGGGGGAGGGGGAGAUAAAAU